AUGUCGACAACCGUCCACGUUAAAGGAAUCUCUCACGAGACAACGGAGAAAGAGGUCAAGGAUUUCUUCUCCUUCUGUGGUAAAAUCACCAAUCUCUCCAUUACACCAGUAUCGGGCGAUGCCAAUGCCGAGAAGUCGGCCACUGUCACGUUCGAGAAAGAGACAGCUGCCAAAACCGCUUUGCUACUCGACAAUACUCAGCUUGGAAAGUCUCAAGUACAUGUAUCGUCAGCCUCAAGCAUAGACCAGGUGGCUACACAGGCUGGCUCAGCAACUACAAGUGCAGCUCAGGCUGCUGAGGAUCACAUCUCUCAAGAGGACAAGCCUCGAUCAAGAAUUGUUGCCGAGUAUCUUGCUCACGGUUACGCUUUGUCCGAUAACGUCAUCACGAAGGCUCUUGACCUUGACAAGCAGCAUGGCUAUAGCAACAGAUUCACAGCCGUUCUUUCCAACUUCGACCAGAAAUACAAGGUCACCGACAAGUCUAAGGACCUGGACAACAAGUACAAGGUGACCGACAAGGCCUGGGGUGCUUGGGGUGGUUUGAACAGCUAUUUCGAGAAAGCCCUCAACACACCCACCGGACAAAAACUUCGCGACUUUUAUGUGCAGGGUGAGAAGCAGGUUACCGAUGUACACAAUGAAGCCAGAAGAUUGGCAGAUAUGAAGAAGGGUCCCGGCAAGGAAGAACCACAUACAGUCGCUGGACAGCCAAACAAAACAGUUUGUAGCUGUGGUGGCUCUGAGGGCGUUUGUGGUUGUGCACCAGGCAAGUGCUCUUGCGCCAACUGCAGCAAGAGUGAUGAUCCUAGUAAGACGGAAAACCCUCCUCAGGAGGUCCAGGGUACGCAGAAGACUGUGUGCACUUGCGGAGGCAAAGAUGGUGUUUGCGGGUGCGCCCCUGGAAAGUGUGCUUGUGCGGGUUGUUCCAAGGCUUCCUCAGAGGCAACCUCUGAGGUCAAGGAGGCUGCUCAGGCGUCGGGUCAGCACUUGCCAAAGGAGACGUUUGGCACUGCAUACUGA